UUAUCUCAGUUACUCAGAGCUUACUUCCCUCUGUGGGCUUUCUGCUGACUGGCUCACCUGAAAACAGCUUAAAAAAUACAGAAUAGAGUCUAAAACUGCUGAAAAGCGGAAAACAAGAAGCUGAUAGAUCAUUUCCUCCUGUCACUUUUGCUCUGAGGAGAAAUAAAAAAUUAAAAAAAAACCCAUCACAGAUCUGGCAUCACGACGCUCGCGCACAGGUUACCGCGGUCAUGCUGAAGUUCUCGCGGGUUUGUUAAAAUAUGCAACAAACUACGUUUUUAUUCCAAACAGCAACAACGGAAUUUCGCUCAAAACUCUUCAAUUUCAGUAAAAAAAAACAAACAGACGUUUGGGACUCCAUGGAGGCGUACCUGCUGAAGUUCAUCGAGCGCGUGCGAGCUGGGAGCUGCGAUGGAGAGAAUGACAUUACCUCUGAGUAUGCUAGCAUUAAGCAUCAGAACGACUCGCUGAAACAGAGGUACGGUUUGACUACGACAGCUGGAGGAAUCAAAGAAAACGCAAAGAAAAACCGCUACAAGGACAUUCUGCCCUAUGACCAAACCCGCGUUGUGCUGAGUCCAACAACACCUGAAUAUAACUGUGAUUACAUUAAUGCAAAUUUCGUCAAGGGGGCGACAGGGAGCAGGGCGUACAUCGCCACACAGGGCCCUCUGAGUAACACAGUAGUGGAUUUCUGGCGCAUGAUUUGGCAAUAUGACGUCAAGGUGAUAAUCAUGGCGUGUAAAGAGAUCGAGCUAGGGAAGAAAAAAUGUGAGGUCUACUGGUCUCCUCUAGAUGGUGCAUCCACAUUUGGUCCCUUCAUUGUCUCAACUGUCGAAGAGUCACCCACAAACAAGGAAGUCAUCGUGAGAAUACUGUCAGUGAAACACUGUGAUGAAACUCGCACCGUGUCCCAUUUCCAGUACACAGCCUGGCCGGAUCAUGGAAUUCCGGACGUGGCGGACGGCAUUUUGGGAAUGAUGGAAUCGGUUCACGUCAGUCAGGGUUACCACACGGGACCUCUGCUUGUCCACUGCAGCGCCGGCUGUGGAAGAACUGGGGUGAUUUGUGCCAUUGACAUUGUUAAUGACCUGCUGCAAAAAAAGAAAAUCAGAGAAGAUUUCAGCAUUAUGGAUUUAGUUUUAGAGCUGAGAAGACAAAGACCAUCGGCUGUUCAGACUAAGGAACAGUAUGAGUUUGUGUUUCAUACUGUGGCUCAGAUGUUCGAGAAGGUCUUGCAGGAAUCUUCACAGAAUCACCAACGUCAGAGCCUGUCUCUCUACACCAAUGUGGUGCCCCCAAAGCCAGCACUGAGGUCAUUGUCCAUCGGCAGUGAAAACCAGAAUACAAGAAAACCUCCCUCCCUCCGUCCAAGGUCGUCUCAUCCUCCUGCAUCCAUCAACAUGAACGACACGUAUGCAGUCGUCAACAAGAUCAAGCAGCCCUCCACCGCUCCACCGCUCGUUCCCCACCACUAUGACAACGAAAACUUAAACAGCCAGAAGCCGUCUGCAAACGACGUGUACAGCAUCGUGAAGCCAAAAAACAGGGCGGUGGCAAACACACCUGUUAGCACGGUUCCUGUUCACGACCGGACAUGGCCAUUCAACCACAGGGCCUCAGCAGAGACAGACAACGAUGGCUAUGAACCCCUGCCAGGGGAGUUCCAGAUUAGAGGCUCACAGCUGUACCCAUCUCUGCCACAAAGACCUUCAGACAGAAACAGCCAUUCAGAUGAUGACUAUGAGGAUGUCUCACACCCGAUCAGAGAGAGCAGCAGCAGCAGCAGCAGCCACUGCAGCCCCGGAGGCAUUGGUUUUAAAUGCAGAGUAAGGAAACCCAAAGGACCCAGAGACCCGCCUUCACAAUGGAAUCGACCAGAGAGAUGAAACUAUUACAAUAACAAUAUUCUCUAAAGGUCUACAUAUUCAGCAUUUAUUUGAUCCAUGGAAUAAUUUUAUUUUGUUAUAGAGGUGAUGGUUUGUAGGGUUUUUUUGUGUGUGUGUGUGGGUGUGUGUGUGUGUGUGUGUGUGUGGGUGGGUGGAUGGGUGGGUGCAUGUAAUAUUACAAAUGUAAUGUACAUGUUUAAUUUAUUGCAAUAAAUGGGUUUUCCUUGUGUC